AUGGAGAUAGAGGCUUUUGUGUUUGAUCCCUCAGAGCCCAACUCCCCGCAACUCAAGCUCGCUUUCAAGCGGUACUCUCGAGAUGAUAGUACGGGAUGUAACCCAAGUGGCGCUCUGUCGCUACUUCUCGCCCACGGAUCUGCUCUGCACAAAGAGCAAUGGGAACCGACUAUCGAAGCGUUAUUCGCAAUUCAAGACAGCUGCAGCCGCCGUGCUCUCGUUCACGAGGCUUGGGCCGUGGAUUGGCAAAGCCAUGGAGAAUCAGCCGUCAUCAACGACAAUGCUCUUCAAGAUAGGCCCGAGGGUAUCAGCAUCUCAGAGUGGGGUUUCGCGUUGUCCCAAUUCAUGAGUUCAGCCCACACAAGAAACCGCCGUAUUGUCGCCAUCGGACACUCUGCGGGGUGCUCUGCGAUCAUGUACUCCACGAAGUACCUCCUCAACGGGCCCAACAGUUACGCUGCCAUUAUCCUGGUGGAGCCCCCCAUGAUCGACCGCGACGUUUUCAACGACCAUCUUCAAGAGCGCCUCCAGCAGGUCGGUGCGAUCACGAAGUCCGUCGCUGCGAGUCGCGCAAGCUGGUCUACGAAGGAGGAGGCUCUCAAAUGGCUGAGCGCGAAGUAUCCUUGGAAGACCUGGGAUCCCCGCGUCCUGCGUCUGUUCGUGGAGCAUGGCCUGCGCGAACAUCGUGAUGCUGGGGGCCGGGACUGCGUCGUUGUGAAAUGCUCCAAGAAGCACGAAGCCAGCGCCUACAAGGACUUCGAGUCCACGUUCGAGGCUACGGACAUGAUUUCCGCAGUCUGCAGGGCAGUACCAUUGCAUAUAAUAUUCGGAGCAAAGAACGACCUGGUACCGCGAUACAGCCAAGACUCCCUCGUGGACGCUUCCAAGGGCCGCGUGCCGCAGUCUAUCACCCGGUUGCCUGGAGCAGGUCAUUUGGUCGUUCAAGAGAAACCUGAACUGCUUGCGGAGGCCUUAGCGGAAAUCUUGGAUACCUUGGUAGUUUCCGACUUGUCGAGGUUGUGAUCGCCGUCGGGGCCACUGGGAUCCUAAUCGGAUAGUGCCUCGUUAUUUGGUGUCAAUCUUACUCUUCGUAGAGACCCUUUGUGAACAAGACUCGAGUUCAGGAUUCGGUAAUGCGCCACCCGAGGCGCCAGGCACGAUUCCUGGUCCUUCCAAUAAGGUGUAAUCGCUACUGUCGUAUCCACGAAGGCGCGGAUAAGACUCCUGCCUGUUCGGUACCGCUGGCUUCGUGGCAAGCGGAAAAGCGGCAAGCGCAGCAUGCACACGGCCUCCGAAGAGGAACCAUGGCGGCACGACGUUGGCAGCGGGACUUCUAGAACCCGAAGCAGCGCGCGCGCACGCCACGAGAGCGUACGGCAUGCUGUCGCGACCAAGGCAUGCGGAAGCUCCCGAACUCCACGGCCCCGGGACCAUCUGAGAGGUCGGCAUGUUUGUAAGAUGAAUAUCCGACGAUCUUUGGGAAAAUUUGGAGGGACGGAGGAAGUCCUAUAUGACCGAGGCGCCAUGUCAUCAAGUAAUCAUUGCACGGUUUACUGAUCACCGCGCGUGGGGAUUCCUCGAUCGAGCGCGGCCAUGACGCCGGCAUUAUUUACAACAUCAGAACGUACCGUGGACCUGACACUCCCUUCAAGAAGGCUUCCGUGUGGCAUCCGUGAUCUUCUCCGCCAGCCGUGAAGCGCAACUUUUGCCCCGGUUUGUACAGCCUGAGUAAGAUAUGUAUAACUGCAGCCACAGCUCUGCCCAAAGACACAUAGGGAAGGCUUGACCCGAUACCCCACGCACUGCCAACUUGACCUCGACAUGCACAUUGUGAAAGGAUACUCCUCUCCUCUUGCUGGCCUUACU